ACAUUUCAGAGACAAUCUUUUACUUGGUCACCGGAAAAACCCUUGAUUGUUCACUUUCGUCCGGCUCAGCUGAUUUAUCUUUCUUGCUUCUCGCCAGUCUGCCCACUCUUCUAUCUGAAUCUCAAUUGUCUGUGAAUUCUCAUGCAGUUCAGAGCCAUGUAUCAGUACCUAUGGCUGGUACCGGUUGUCCUUUGCAUGUCUCGAAUAUUAAUCAGCCUACUUCUAUGAAUGGCCCUAGUGGCCCUAAUAGCUCGCCAGAUUCUUCUCUAUCUCGGACAAUCACAAGACGCUCAGUCAGCAGGCGAAUUUCAUCCAUAAGUUCCUCUCCUGCUCAGGAGCUAAGUUAUUCUCGUCCGGCAACCAGUCGUUCUUGCGAAAGCAGUCAACGCCAACGGAAGUCUCAGCAACUCCAACAGUUGCCUGCACAUCUAACAGAGCCAAACGUCUUUUUCCAGGCACAUAAAAGUGGUACUGUGGAUCUAUUUAGAGAGACAUUUAUGAGUGGAAGUAAUAAGGAUGCGGAUGAUCAAGAGGUGCAAAUUGACAAAGAUUUUGACAAAAAUAUUGAAGAGAAGGAGCUAUUUGUAGCUGGAGAAUCAGAACCUAUUACCUUAGAUACGAAAUUUCAGUCUGACCUGCCUUCUGAAGUCAUUCGGUCGGUAGUAUCUAUUUUACCUGCGACAUUGGUUCAGCAGGCUCUUGAAGCUGUGGUUGAGGCCACUGCAACUGUCAGGAAUUUGCUUCAUUCCUCCUGGAGUCCAUCCAGAUUAUCCAUCCUUCAACGAAGCCAGGAUGAGGUUGAAGCAAUUGUCGACCUCAUAUGUGAGCUAGCCCCGCCUGUAUUAAAUAGUGUUGGUAAUGCCAACAGCAUCUGCUUGAAUCCUGAGGCCUCACUUUCUGUUUGCCCCCAUACUGGUCUUUCUAAUCCAGCCAACUUUGUUAUGCAGCAGAUAGGCUCUCAGAGGCCUUAUAGCUUUUUAUAUUGUUGGUGGUGGUGGUUCUCAAAGCAUCCGAAUAUAGGCUCCAUCAGAUCUAGCACUGCCGUAUCUACCGCCGCUUCAGUGCAAAUGAAUCAUUCUUCUCACAGUGCUGAUAUUGACUCUUCUGGAGGCGGGAAUGUC